AUGCGCGUAAUCCACAGACGGGGCAGGACUUCGUCAUAUGAUUUGUGUUUGCGGAACAAGCAAUCUAUGAAACGUUGGACGAAGUGGCCCAAGUGGUUAGAGCGCGAAUUUACUGACCGGAAGGUCCGUGGUUCGAACCCGACCUCUGCCUCUCAACUUCCCCUGUCUAGGCUUGGGCAGCCUGGCAGAAUCCCAGCCUUCGUACUUCCUUCGGGUAGCAUGGCAGUUAGGCGCCGUAAAGGUGCUACAUCUGAACGAUUAGACAGCUUUAGUGCAGUAUAUUCACUUAGAGAACAUCAUAAACGAGAGAUUCAGUCCAGAUUCACAGACAUCUUGCUCCAUCAAGGUGCUUGGGGCUUAUCGCACACUCGUGCUCCAACCGAAUCAAGACCGGGUCAUGUUGCUCUCUUCGCCGGGUUUUACGAGGACCCAUCAGCACUCGCCACAGGUUGGAAAACAAAUCCGGUGGAAUUCGACACCGUGUUCAAUCAUUCCGGCAAAGCUUGGGCGUGGGGAGUUUCCUCGGUUCUAAACGCGGUGAACUUGGGCAAUUUACCUCAGGUGAACGCAAACGCACCUCCCAGAGGAAUUUCCUCAAUGAGUGCUGACGAAUGGUCUGUUGGUCGUUUCCUGGUAGGCUUGGAUAACAUGGCAUUAUCUCAGCCCUCGUACUUCCUUCGGCUGACAUUGCAGCUAGGCACCGAAAUGGUGAUACAGCUGGAUAAUGCCACCCUUGACAACAUGGAAAAUGGUUUCUUCGCUAAAUCCCAAGUCACCGAGGAAGAUUCGUCUGUCUCACAAAGCGCUCGUUUGGCAUUCAUUCAUUUGGAUGCUUCUGACGCAAUAGGACACGCCGCCAACCGUGAAUCCCCAAUCUCCAGAUCUCCACAGUACCGCUCCUUGCUGCGUCAGUUUGAUGGCUUUCUGUCCAAAAUAAUUCGCACAUUGAAGCGGGUCUCUGAAGGACUGAAUGUGCGAGUGGCUUUCGUGCUCACUGCCGACCAUGGGAUGACUGACUCAGAUGGUCAUGGAGGUGAUUCUCUGCAAGAAACAAUCACACCGCUUUUGGUUUGGGGCGCCGGACUAGUGGGUCCAAAACUAUCUGAAAGUUCUUCCGAAAAGCACCUACUUACGCAGACUGAUUCAUACGGUUUUCCGGUGCAGAUUGAAGGACGUCGAAUGAGCGAAAUUCAACAAGUUGAUUUAUGCCCAUUAAUGGCCGCUUUGCUGGGAAUACCAAUACCCCAAAAUUCGAGGGGUCGCCUUCCAUUGGCUCUGGUGAAUUCCAGCGAUCCGGUCAAAUUCCAAAUGAUUCGCGCAAAUUGUCUGCAGUUGAUCGCACAAUUACAUCGACCCAAGUGGAUAGAGCGCGAAUUUACUGACCGGAAGGUCCGUGGUUCGAACCUGACCUCUGACUUUCGACUUCCCCUGUCUAGGUUUGGGCAACCGUGCAGUAUCCCAAACCUCAUGCAGCCUUCGGGUGGCAUGGCAGCUAGGCACCGAAAGGGUGUUACGGCUGAACGGUGGUACGAGCGGCUGGCCAGUAGUGUGCUUAACACGCGCCGCUCAUCCUUCAAUCAAAUUAACCUAGUGAUGAUCAUCGACAGCAUGACAUCAAUUGAGCAAUACUCACAACUGGAAGAACUUGUCAUUGCCGCUCUUGACUAUUAUGAUACCUACGAUCGAAAAUUCUUCCGGUUUUUCUAUACAGAGAAUUCUACAUCUGUUUGGCAAUAUUUUUAUGGAUCUUGUCCACACCAGACAAUUUGUGCUGACUGCCAAUUUUCUCCACACUCAUGUGCUUUCAUAUGGGCGAGAUGGCUCAAAUGGUUAGAGCCCGAAUCUGCUGACCGGAAGGUCCGUGGUUCGAAUCCGACCUCCGCCACUCGACUUCCCCUGUUUAGACUUGGGCAACCUGGCAGUAUCUCAGCCCUCGUGCUUCCUUCGGGUAGCAUGGCAGCUAGGCACCGGAAAGGUGUUACAGCUGAACGCUUUCAUGCUUUCAUUUUAAGCCAUAUAGAAAAGAUAACCGCGUACAUGCAUAUCUGUGGACAAUACUUUUGCGUUGAGAAAUUAGUCCAUGCGCUGAGUCGAUCACUUUAUCCGGUUCUUGCCUGUUUGUACGGAAUUGCUGUUAUCCUUGGGAUCAGUUGUGAUUCGCAUGCAGAAAAAUUCGGUCUUAUACGACUGGUUCUCUCGUUCCCGCACAGGUCGAGUUAG